AUGGCUGCAUCUUCCCGUAUUGUGAAGAGGAUGGUGGACCUCUGCUCCAGCAGAAAAUGUGAUUUGGCUUUGGAUCAGAGCCGUGAGGGGAGUAUGGGGCCUGAAUUCAAGGUGCUGGCAGAACCCUGGAUCCCACUCAUGCUGGGAUCUCUGCAAGAGGGCAGAGCAGCUGCCAAUUUCCAGAUCCAGCUGGUUCUGGGGGGUGUGGUUCAGGGCCCCAGAGUGGAGAGCUCCGCACAGGAGACUGGACCGGAGCCGACAGAUGGAGUCCUCAACUCCAUGCCCCUGCAAGAGGCACAGAUACCUGAUACAUCCACAAGUAUGCAGCAUGACCUCAGGGGGGACAAACCAGCAAGUACCUGUACGCUGGAAGCAGCUGCAGCUUCCUCGCCACCUGCGGGCCUGGCCCGCCCGCCCACUGUGCUCAACACACCAGUGGCCGUGACUUUCUUCUCUACCUGGGAGGUGGACUUCUCCAGACCUGGCUGUGUGCCCAGAUUGUGCAGCUUCACGUUAAAGAAGCUGGUGGUCUUGAAGGGGCUGGAGAAGGAGCUUGUCUCCUUGGUGAUAGCAGUGCAGAUACAGGGUGCCAAGGGCAUCUUGAGAUCCCAUGAGAUUGUGCUGCCCAGCAGCGGACCAGUGGAGACUGACCUGGCGCUGACCUUCUCCCUGGAGUACCCCCACUUCCUCAAGAGAAAAGGCAACAAGCUGCAGAUCAUGCUGCAGCAGAGGAAGUGCAAUCACAACCGGACCAUCCUGGGCUACAGGACACUGGCCACAGGGGCCGUCCACAUUGCGGAGGUGAUGCAGGGACCACCUGAGGGUGGCCAGGUGCUGAGCCUCAGCAGCAGGAUCCAGGGGUCUUCCAUCACGGUGGCUGACAUCUGGAUCUCCUCCCUCUCCAGUCAGCCCAUCGACGACAAGGAUGGCAGCAUGCAGGCCAGCCCCAAGGCCAAGUCCAUGGAUAGCCACAUGGAGGGGACAUCUGAAAGCUUCACUGAGCUGGACGCCAGCUACAAUCUCACACACAAGCAGGACCUGGGGCAGCCCAAGAAGCAGCAGCGAUGCAGGCAACAAAACUAGAAGCAGAAAGUCAUGGCACUGCUUCCCAGGUCCCACAUGUCAUAAGAGGUCCUGGAGUCAGAUCAGGACCCUAAGGAGCAUGUCCCUGAGGUGGAGGAGGACCUGGACCUUCUCUAUGAUACCCUUCAGCAUCCCAGCGACAGUGGCCCAGACAUGGAGGAUGAUAGCAGCAUCCUCAGCAACACCAAGCCCAAGACCAGACAGUACUUUGAAGGCCUGGCACACUUCAGCUGGCAGACGGAGACGAGGAGCUUACACAAUGCCCGGAGCCAGAAGGAGCCUCCUCAGCCGGCCAACAUGCCCGGGAAGACCCAGGGCCCAGGCAGCAAGCUGUUCAGUGGCAGUGCCUCUGACUCGAUGGCCUACAGCACCCCACCCACCAAGCAGCCGGCACAGCCUGGGGACAGCCCGGAGGCAGGGACCUCUGCCCAGGACAUGAUCACUAAGAGGCGCACCACCAAGACCGAGUCUCUGGUCAUCCUUUCUACCAGCUCCAAGGGGAAGCAGCCCGCCCGCCGGGGCUGGAGCAGGUCCCUGAAUGAGUCGGCCAACAGCCUGAUCAAGGAGCGCUGCCCAGUCCCACAGAGCCAACUGCAGGUCCCCAGCAAGACUGUGUUCGACCAACUGAACCACAGCCUCAUCUCCAACGAUUAUCUGCCCAAGAACAUCAUUCUCAACAACACCUGCGACAGGCAGGGGCAGUCCCUGUCGGACGUCCUGCAGCAGCACACGCGGCCCGUCGUGUGCACCGGCUCCAUGGUGGAUGUCCAGGAGGCCUUCAGCUCCAUCAUCUCCUGGAUACAAAGGUACCGCAACUGCAAGACCGAGGCCACCAUGCCAGUGAAGAUCGCGGUGGCAGGGGAUCAGCACUACUUCAGCACCGUGCUGCAGGUCUUUGUGGAGCAGCUGUCCCACAAGGCCCCGGACUGGCUGGACUACAUGUGCUUCCUGGUCAUCCCGCUGGGUUCCCACCCCUUGGCCAGGUACCUGGGCUCCGUGGAUUGCCGCUACCACAAACUCUUACGGGACUUGGCCUGGUGGGAACUGUUCUACCACCUGGAGGCCCAGGAUGCUGUGCAGAACAUUGUGUUGAAAAUCAGAGAGUACCUCACAGGGGCCAGCUGUGUCCUCCAGCUGCCCAUCGCAGAGGCCAUGCUCAUCUCUAAGCCGAAGAGCCCGGACGAGCUGUCCUCGCAGAAGUUCAUUCCCUUUGUGGGGGCAGUAAAAGUUGGAAGAGUGGAGCCAAUUCCAGCCACGUCAGGAGACUCAGCUGAAGCCGUCCUCUCAUGCUCCAAUGUGCUUCUGUCCACCGCCAGGGAGGCCACACACAAGCUAAUUUCCUUGUCGUCAGUGAGUGGGGGCCUGUCCUCCCCCGGCCAGAGUGUGGGUGCUGAGCUGAUUGAGCUGCAGGUAGAUUACUGGACGGCAGCCCAGCCCAAAAACAGGAAGAGGGGCGGGGAGAUAGAAGACCUGCCUGCCACCAAAAACACACUCCGGUGCACCUUCCGGUCUCUCCAGGUCAGCAGGCUGCCCAGCAGCGGCGAGGCUGCAGCCACGCCCACAAUGGCCAUGACUGUGAUCACCAAGGAGAAGGAAAAGAAGGUGAUGUUUUUGUCGCAGAAGGACAAAGGCACGGACUUGGAGCCCAACAGGCAGUGCAUCCAGGGCAUCGGCCGCUUGGUCUGCUCAGCCAAGAACCAGGAGCACAGGCAGCAGGUCCUCAUUGACUGCGUGGAGUGGAACGACGUGACGUUCUUCCAGCUGGCAGCCCAGUGGUCCUCCCACGUCAAGCACUUCCCAGUCUGCAUCUUCGAACACAACAAUUCCACCUUCUAG